UGGUUUAGAGAUUUUCCGGUUUGAUGAAGCCCUAAAACUCUCAAUUUUUGUCGCCGGCCGGUAUUUUCAGACAAAACUGAAAGAAGUAAACUUUCGUCUUGUAGUUGUAGGAGAAGAAAAAAAAUCUUGAACCAUAGGAUAUGGCUACAACGAACUGGCUCACGGCGUCUUCAAGUGUGUUCCUUACUCGUCCAGUGAACCCUCGUCUCGCAUUUGCUUCUAGAAAGAAUCAGACUUUAGGUAGAAGCCGUGUUAGUUUUCAGGGCAGUGUGAAACGUCGUCUUCCGGUGGUUAUAUCUAUGACGGCGACGGAGGAGUCCGGUGAAAAGGCUGUGAAGUCUGUUUUGCCUGGACAUGGCAUAUCCAUCAUGGUGAAUGGAUGCAGUGGCAAAAUGGGGAAGGCUGUAAUCAAAGCAGCAGACUCUGCGGGAGUGAACAUCGUUCCUACGUCGUUUGGAUCUGCUGCUGAGGCUGGUCAGACGGUGGAGGUGUGUGGAAAAGAGAUUACUGUGCACGGUCCUGCAGAGAGAGAGAAGGUUCUUUCUUCUGUGUUUGAGAAGCACCCGGAGCUCAUUGUUGUCGACUACACUAUCCCAUCUGCAGUCAAUGAUAAUGCGGAGCUGUACAGCAAAGUAGGUGUUCCUUUCGUAAUGGGAACAACUGGUGGAGACAGGAACAAGUUGUAUGAGACUGUUGAAGAAGCAAGGAUUUACGCUGUGAUUUCUCCACAGAUGGGUAAACAGGUUGUUGCGUUUCUUGCGGCCAUGGAGAUUAUGGCUGAGCAGUUUCCUGGAGCCUUUUCUGGUUACUCCUUGGAGGUGAUGGAGUCUCAUCAAGCUAGCAAGUUGGAUGCCUCCGGAACAGCAAAAGCUGUUAUCUCUUGCUUUCAGGACCUGGGAGUGUCUUACGACAUGGAUCAGAUACAAUUGAUACGGGAUCCUAAACAGCAAAUUGAGAUGGUGGGGGUUCCUGAAGAGCAUGUCUCUGGCCACGCUUUCCAUCUCUAUCACUUGACAUCACCUGACAAAACUGUCUCCUUUGAGUUCCAGCACAAUGUCUGUGGAAGAUCAAUAUACGCUGAGGGAACUGUGGAUGCCGUGCUUUUCCUUGCCAAAAAGAUUCGAUUGAAAGCAGAGCAGCGAAUCUACAACAUGAUCGAUGUUUUGAGAGAGGGAAACAUGCGUUGAGCUUCCUGAGUUUUGUCCAAAUGGUGGUUCUAGAAGAGCUAAGAUAGAUUUUUCCAAAUCAUGAGCUGUGAAAGUUAGAUGUUUGGUUCUCACUUCUUCUGUAUUUCGAAACUAGCAGUGUUGUUUGCUGUUACACCAACUGGUGUUUUGUAGCUCUUUUUUUUGGGUCUAUCCAAGAACUUUCCAUUGCAUUGUUCAUGUUAACCUCUUUACAAUAAAUGUUACUCUUCUUUCUAAGAAA